AUGUUAGCCAGUCGAGCAUCGGCAGCGUUCAGACCACGCGUCGCAGUGGUACGGAUAAGCGUCAGAAAGGGCUGCACAGGAGGGAAGGGGCGCGCCUGCCUGUCCCCGCCUGCGGAGAGCGCGAAAUCUGGCGGGGAUUGCGCUCCGACGGAGGAAGCGCUGUCCCAAUGUAAUAUCAGCUUGAAGAAGCAGAGGAGUCGAAGUAUCUUUAGCACCUUAUUCUGCUGCUUUCGUGACUACAAUGUCGAACCACCAUCUACCAACAGCACCAGUGCUCUUCCUCCUUUGGUGGAGGAGAAUGGAGGACUUCAGAAGGGUGACCAGAUGCAGGUCAUGCCUAUACCAAGUGGAAUAUACUAUUUCCACGGGACUGAAGCAGUGCAGCAGUCGUUUCACUACAAGCCACCAGCUAAAUACCUCCUGCCAGAACUGACAGCAUCAGACUAUGGGAAGAAGUGUGUGGUCAUUGAUUUAGACGAAACUUUAGUGCACAGUUCAUUUAAGCCAAUUAGCAAUGCUGAUUUCAUUGUUCCUGUUGAAAUUGAUGGAACCAUACAUCAGGUUUAUGUAUUGAAGCGACCACAUGUAGAUGAGUUUCUUCAGAGGAUGGGAGAGCUCUUUGAAUGUGUACUCUUCACAGCCAGUCUAGCCAAGUAUGCAGACCCAGUAGCCGACUUACUGGAUCGCUGGGGUGUGUUCAGGGCAAGACUCUUUAGAGAAUCCUGUGUUUUCCAUCGAGGAAAUUAUGUGAAGGAUCUGAGUCGACUGGGACGUGAGCUGAGUAAAGUUAUUAUAGUAGAUAAUUCUCCUGCAUCUUACAUCUUCCAUCCUGAAAAUGCAGUGCCUGUGCAGUCCUGGUUUGAUGACAUGACAGACACAGAGCUGCUAGAUCUUAUUCCUUUCUUUGAAGGACUAAGCAAAGAGGAAGAAGUUUACAGUAUGCUUCAUAAACUCUGCAACAGGUAGCCCUUAACUUUGACUGACUUCUGCUACUAGAUUGCAGUUGCUAGAGGGUGUCUCCAUCUUUUUCAGCUCUUUCAAAUGUAAGCUUUGGGGAGGUCACCCCUGUCAGAAGUGCUACUCUUGAUCUUCCUGUUACAUUGGACACGAAGGACAAUCAUGAGUGAUGCUAUUAAGCCUUCAGAAGCCUGACUCCUAAGGUCAUGUGUUCAGACUACUUUUUUAAAG